AUGGGCGUUCAAAGAAUCUCCGCGGUUAACUCGAAAAGUCUAGCUAAAUUAGUAGACACCUUUUUAGAAAAUUUAGCCGCAUUGAAAACUUUAGGCCUUCCCACUGAGCAUUGGGAUUUCAUUAUGUUCAAUUUGCUUUUGUCGAAAUUAGAUGUUGAUUCCAUUAAGUUAUUCGAGUUGGAAAAUAAGUCUAAUGAAAUUCCGUCCUUUAAAAAAUUAGUAGCGUUCAUCGAAACACAAUACAUCGCGUAUGAUAAUUUAGACAGUAGUAUAGGUGAGGGAAAGAAGUCGUCGCGGGCCCCAAAUAACACGGAGCCAAGGGCCAACUCCAAACACCAGGCUGGUGAUUCAAGGCACAAUCGUAGUAGCUCGUCGUUCAUAACAAAUUCGUCUUCAGUAUGUUGCGCUCUAUGCAAACAAAGCCAUUAUCUCAAUCAGUGUUCGUUGUUCUUGAAAAAAUCGCCAAAAGAGAGAUAUCAGUUUUGUAAAGAGUCUUCUUCCUGUUUUAAAUGUCUUAAUCAGGCUAACCAUUCAGUCAAGUCGUGUCCUAAAUCCUUCAAAUGUAGCAAAUGCAGUAGUCAUCUCCAUAAUAGCUUGUUACACUUCGAUAGAAACCGUUCCAAUAGUCAGUCGUCCUCAGAAAAUAAUAGUCCAGGGACAUCGGGAAUCGAAUCAUCUACUGAAGUAUCCCAUUGUGCCGCUAGUUUUGUAGGAAAGAAAAAUGAAACCAAAAAGGAAAUCUUGCUCGGUACUGUUUUGGUUCAUGGGAUUGACAGUAAAGGGUGUAAACAACCGUUGAGAUGUCUUAUUGAUUCGGGUUCGAUGAAUUCGUUCAUUAGUCGAAAGGCUGUCAAUCGAUUGGGAUGGCCUAAAACUCCUUGCUCGUUCGAAAUUAACGGACUCAAUUCGAUGCAAACGAAACUGAAUCAGGGGCAAAUAAGUUUCUCUAUCCAACCUCGUCAUCAGGAGUCACCGGUGUUUCAUUUGGAGGCUAUUAUCACAGAUCGGGUUUGCUCGGAUUUGCCCAGCACCCAAAUAGAUAUUUCUGCUUGGAAUUAUAUUAAAAAUUUGAAGUUAGCUGAUCCCAAAUUUAAUUGUAGUCAAUCGGUCGAUUUGUUAAUUGGUUGUAGUAUAUUUUCGAAGGUGUUGUUAGAGGGUAAAAUUGAAGGUAAACCGGGACAACCUGAUGCCCUAAAUACCGUUUUUGGAUAUAUUUUGUUGGGCCCAACUAGCACACCUAACCUUUCGUCAACUUGUUCUUCUUCUUCGUCGCUUGUUUGUCUUUCAAAUGUGGAAGACUCGUUAGAUUCUUCGUUAAGGAAAUUUUGGAAACUGGAGAACAUACCGGAAGAGCCAGUUUUAGAACCGGAAGACGUUCUGUGCGAAACCAUUUAUCGGGAAACACAUAGUCGGGACGUCUCGGGAAAAUAUGUUGUGUCUUUGCCUUUUCGUGAAUCGCCGCCUUGUUUAAAAGAUAGCUAUGAUGUUGCUUUAAACAAAUUUAUUUCGUUGGAACGUCGCUGGUUUCGUCAGCCGGGUUUGCAAAAGGAAUAUUCGUCCCAUAUGCAGGAGUAUAUUGAUUUAGGUCAUAUGCAAUUGGUUCCUGAGGGCGAAAAGACAAAGGGAAAGUAUUAUAUCCCACAUCAUUGCGUUGUUAAGUCGGAAAGUGUCUCUACUAAAAUUCGAGUGAUAUAUAAUGCGUCUCAGAAAAGUCCCAGGCUUGAUAUUCGUCAGAUGUAUCGUAAUAUUUUAGUAGUUCCUGAGCAUACGGAUUAUCAACGUGUGUUAUGGAGAUUUUCUAGCUUUGAGGAGAUUCAGGAAUAUGGUUUGUUAACUGUCAUUUUUGGAGUUGUAUCCUCGCCGUAUCUCGCUCUAAGAACCCUUCAACAACUAGUGUUGGACGAAGGCUCUCGUUUUCCUAAAGCCGCCUCGCUCGUUUGUAAUGCUUCGUAUAUUGAUGAUUUUGUUUUCGGUGCUUCGACGCUCGAAGAAGCACAAAGUUUAGUCGAAGAAUUAGUCGCUUUGUUGAAGUUAGGAGGCUUUGAGUUACGGAAAUGGUGUUCGAACGAACCCAAAUUGUUGUCGCAAUUUCCUGAAUUGCAUAUUAAUCCUCAUUCUAUUAAUUUUGAUCCAGAAUCAAAUGGUCCUUCUUUAAAAAUCCUUGGCUUGAAGUGGAUUGCACAGUCCGAUGUCUUUCAAUUUGCAGUCAAAUUGCAGGAUGUCCCUUGUACUAAAAGAUCGUUUUUGUCCGAAUUAGCUCGAAUUUAUGACCCGUGCGGUUAUCUAACACCUAUUACGUUUUUCAUCAAGCAUUUAAUCCAACGACUUUGGGCAACUGGUCUUGAAUGGGAUGAUCGUCCUCCCUCAGAAAUUAUUCGUGUGUGGGAGCAAUAUAAAACCUGUAAUAUUGACAGACGGCCUGUGGAGUCAACGGGGACAGUAGCAGCAAUGGUCACCAAAAUAACAGACGAGGAAGUGGAGAAAGAAAGGAAAAGCGGUAGGACCAGAUGA